AUGGGAAAAGCCACAGCCAGCCUAUCCGCGAAAACACAACCACAGCACAAACCCAGGUUUGCCUUUGGUUCCAAGACCAAAGUUCGAAUGAGGCGGAAUCCACUAGUCGCAAAGUCGAAAUCGAGAAUUAGGCCCCAGGCUACCCAAGACCGGUCGAGAUCAAACGAUUUCGAUGACCCGGAAGGUGAUAAGACAAGCAACGGAGAUGCAGUCGAUGAUGAAGCAAAUGUGGAUAGACCCAUGAGUGAUCAAUCCAAGGCUACCACGAGUGGCGGAGCGAAAGAAGCGAACCAAGUGCCUGACCCUUUCGAAUAUGUUGGGUCGAACUUGGACGAGAACAUCGACAAUCAGCGCGGCCGACUGUGCGAGUUGCACAACUACGAUAGCCGACUGAACUCAGCUGGCGAAAGAAUUGAGCUUCGCACUGGCUCAAAGUUCUCAAUCGGAGAAGAUAAUGAGAAAAGUCCCGAGGCGGCUCUCGUCUUCACUCGGUUCAUAACUAAGGACGGCAGAAUGAGCAACGCUCAUCUGAAGAUAAACUCCCCGUAUAUCAGGAAGGCUCUUCAGGAUGUGGUAGGAAGGUAUCCAGACAUAGAUUUGGAUGUCACAGGGGGGAGCAUAUACAUGUUCUCCAAACCGUGGUGCUUGUUUCACUACCGGCACGAGUUGGAGCAGUACGCUGAAGCGUCAAGUGAGGCUGCAAUGAAAGAGCACGUGGAUUUUAUACUCAAGUAUAUGAGGAAGGCUCUCCGACAAGAGAUCCUUACUUUUGAAACCAUGACGAGGAAUGAAAAUUCGUCCCCAGGUAUUACUUACAAAGAACUCUGGAUGGCUUUCCGGCCAGGCUCGCUUGUGUACAAAAAGGAUAAGGAUCAAGAAUGCAUGUACAAAUUUGUGAGCAUGGUGGAGGAAGAUGAUGACGACGGACAUGUGUGGUGGGAUCUGGAGGUUGAAAAAGUCAAACACUACGACGGCUUCAAAGCGUUGGCGGAUCUCGAGGUAUAUCCACUCGAGUAUGUCCAGGAUGUCGAAGCUGUCAAGGAAAGACUGCUAGUAAGAGGAGAGAAAUAUGCUUCACUGCAUGGAGUGCAUUACCGCAUGUAUAACGGACGAUGGCGUGGCUUCAAUGGUCCCUCAUUACGUAACGAAGGAACUGUGCGACAAAGAGUUAUGAUUGACGGGCAAGAAUAUGAGAAUGCCAAAAGCCUUUUCUCAACCAGAUUCUCGCGCGACUCAAUCAUUGAGGUCGAGCCAGAUAAGAAACCCAUACUGAGUGAGGAGCAGCUCCUCAUAUGCUCUAAUAUGAUUCCUGGUUUCUCGCUCACAACCAAGAAUUGGGGCUUGCUCGACAUAAAUCACAUACAAGACAUCGAUUUCAACACAUCUGCCUUCGAGAUGCUGGCGCUCGCCCCAGAGAAGAAAGACAUGAUCGCAGCGUUGGUCAAGAGUGCAAAAGCAAGCUCCGAAACUUAUGACGAUCUGAUCAAAGGCAAGGGAAAGGGUGUCAUCUUCCUGCUUCACGGACCUGCUGGCGUGGGAAAGACUUUCACAGCUGAAAGCAUUGCAGACCUCACGCAAAGGCCACUAUACUCGCUAAAUUGCAGCGACUUGACCAUUCGUACUGCGGAACAGCGACUCACACAAGUACUGAACCUGGCCACAAAAUGGAAUCCCAUAGCACUGAUUGACGAGGCGGACGUCUUCAUGGCGGAACGAAGCUUAAAUGAUCUGGAGAGAAAUGAACUCGUUUCAGUUCUCCUACGGGUCCUUGAAUACUUUGAGGGUAUACUCUUCCUCACCACGAAUCGAGCAAACACAAUGGACUCUGCCUUUAAGUCACGUAUUCAUUUGACGAUCGCUUUCCCUGCUCUAUCGUCAGAGUCGAAGCGCCAGCUCUGGCGCGUAUUUGUCAAGCAGGGAAUGGCGCAGCAGCUUCCGUCUUGGGUCAAUGAUGCUUUUUUGGACAAAGCUGUCGAGAAUGAGAUGAAUGGCCGACAGAUCAAGAACGCUGUCAGAGUAGCGCAUGCUCUAGUACAAGACAAACAGCGCGAGAUGAGCCCAGAGGACAUAUUCUCAGUACUUCGUAUGAUUCAAUCAUUCGACCGCGAUCUCGAGACCCAGAUAGCAACCAGACAUAAGUAG